GGGAGGGGACAAGACCCUAGGAGAGGCACAUGUGGUUUUGGUUCAUCAGUCUAUCUCUGGCUUAAGAAGAAUAAAGUUGGCUUACUUGCAACUAGCUUGUUUCUACUUCUUGCUGCCACAUUGGUGACCCCUGAGUUGAACAUGACUGAACCGUCUUCGGAGAGUGUUUCAUCGUCGACCUCGGCCGUGGACUCGGCUUCGACUUCCCUCCAACUCUCCCAGCCGGCCUCGUCCGCUACCGCGACCGCCGCAGUGAAGCUUCCGGACUUCUGGCAGAGCGACCCGGCUUCAUGGUUCCAGCACAUUGAGGCUUUAUUCCAUCUUCGUGGUGUGGACGCGGAUGACUCCAGGUACUACUUGGUGGUUGCUGCCCUGGAUCAGCAGUCCACUCGCCGGGUGAUGUCGCUGCUGCGUAGCCCCCCUGACAGUGGGAAAUACGCCGCUCUCAAGCAGCUCCUGGUGCGGAGAUACUGUCUGUCUUCCGCGGAGAGAGCGGAUAAACUCCUCAGCUUGUCCGGUUUGGGAGACUGUACUGCGGUGGACCUUAUGGACGACAUGCUCUCGCUCCUGGGCUCAGACGAAGGCGGUUUCCUUUUUCCUCAUAUUUUUCUGCGGCAGCUCCCGCGUGAAGUUCGGGCUGCUUUGGCUAACUCCCCGCUUCUAGCCGCUGGCGAUUUCCGCGGCCUAGCAGAGGAGGCUGACCGUGUCCUGUUGGCUUCCAGACGGGUUACGGUCCAAAGUGCUACGAUGGAUCCCCAGCAGAUGUCCCCAACGGACCCCGCGGUGGUUUCGGCUGUCAGCGCGAGGGCUCGGCGUGGGAGCCCCCUCUGUUUCUACCACCGGAGGUUUGGCGUCAAAGCUAGGCGCUGUGUCCCGCCAUGUACUUUUGACUCUUCUGGAAACGCAGUGGCGGCUGUGGGCGCUGGUGACCGAGGUUCCUCGCCCUGACUCCGUGGUUCGGCGCAGUCGUUUCGGCAGGCCUAUUAAGCCCCCGUUGAGAGACUGAUUUGUUUUUGUGUGCCAUGUUCCCUUCUGGGUGUUCGGGGGGGAGCUGUGUG